GGAUCGCGGAACAGUGGGGUAGAGUUUUCAGUAGGUCUAAACCAAAACGCGUGGUGUAUUACACCAGUGUCGAUCUGCAGAUGUAAACAGAUUUUGCAAACUAAAUGAUGUUGAAGAUGACUUGAGUACAGGAUUUUAAAGCUUUGGUAGUGUUCGUAGUUUGUGCUUGUAAAGUUGCCGGGAUCUAUAUGUAAUUAUCGUUGUACAUAGUGCGAUUUGCUGCUGCUAGACAUAGUGACGUCAUCAUGUCUCUGACAGAUGUGAUGGACGACAUCGACUACGAGACUAUCCGUUUUAAUGUGAACGAGACUCAGUCCCGACACCCGCUGUGGAUGACGGAAUCUCAUUUCAUUUACCAUCUGUAUAGGGAUGCGGCAGGGGCUCUCAACUGUCACAAAGACCAAUUCGGGGAACCAGUAUGUUCUCCAAGGCAUCUAGCAAACCUUUGUAUGAACAAGCUUGUAUGUGAUCCUGGUCGGGUGUUCGGACACAUGAAGGCGCGAAAUAUGCCAGGCGGAAUUUACCCGGCACUGCUGUCGGAAGCCAUAUUUCAAAGAGAGCUACAUACUAUCAACUUCCUCGUCAGCACAUGGCCUACCACCGUCCUUGAUCUACAAUCGGCCAUGCCUGGAGAGGACUUAAGCUAUGAUGAAAUACUAACCACGCCGGUAGAGGAGAAGGACGGGUUAACCAUCCUUGACUGUGUCAUCUACGCUCUUCUCGCUCUACGGCCAGUAUCCAACCUCAAAAUUGUCAACUUCUCAGGGUUUUUAGACCGGAAGUUAUGUCGGGAACUCUCCAGACUUCCGCUGCUGUGGAUGAAUCCGGACGACCGAACAGUUGACAGGAUCCAUGAAAUACUAAACCGGACUAUCGAUAUAAGCAGAGAAAAAGUCCAGAAGUAUCUUAACAGAUUUAACCUUAUAUACGCUAACAUGGAUCCGUACAUUAAACAUGGAAACCAGUUUGAGCCGGUCACGAUAAUCUUGGACUGUAAAAUCACACUGGAUGAUGUUCCCAUAGGGCUUGGUCUCCAGUAUGACACGCCCUUCCGGUUUGGCUGCAAGAGAGUGUGGAUGGAGCCGAUCCCGGAAAUCUCUUUACCAAUGACCGGUAUAAAUCGAGUACUUGAACUUAGGGACCUUACCCAGGUAGAGUACACGGACCCACAGAUCUGCCACGACAUGGAUAGACUGAAAACCCUGAUGGAGGGACUACAGCUUCUUCCUCAUCUCCAGACCCUAAGCAUUCCAAACACUAUCCACUCGGACGGACAUGAAAACGCUCUGAAACAUUUCGCUUCAAGUGUUGGCCAAAUACCUAUGUUACGUAAACUGAACUUGGCUUCCUGUAACUUGCGUGGACAACUUGAAACUAUUCUUGUAAAAUUGUCCCAGGAAAUAACAUACCUGAAUCUUCGUGACUGUCGUCUUUGUGAUGAUGAUAUCCUUAACCUUAGGUUAUGGAAGAAACUCUCCGGACUAAAAGAAUUAAAUCUUAGCCGGAAUAACUUAAAAUCGUCCGACCUUGCCCUUGGUGAUGUUCUACAAGCAAUACCAAAUAUGGGAUGUUUCUCCGUGUCAUAUUGUAGUCUGUCCAACUCUCAGCUAGAGGCCAUUGCACAAAAAUGUAUCGAUUUAAAAUAUAUGAAGAUGUUAGGCCUUCAGAGUUUUACUCCACCUGUGAUGGUGGAUAUGGAGGCUUUACUUCAGAUUUGCUCUCUUAUAGACUCCCUUCAAAAGUGCUACAUUCUCCCAGACGCCUUUGCGUUUCCCGGAAGUAACAGUGCGUUCCGCCAUGAAAACAGGAUGUUAUUUGUCGAGAAUUGCGAAUCAUUUCUACAACAGGUAGGCAGACCCGACAUAGAACUGGAAUGAAGUCCGAAAACAUUAUUUAACAAAACCCAGAAUAUUUAUUUCGCCAUUAAUACUUCCAAAAAUUAAUUCUAUGUUUAGGACCGAUAUGCAUGCAUUAAUGUUCGUAGGAUCAGUGUAUCUACUCAAAAUUGAUGACUUCUCGGGAUAUAUUAUAUUUCUGUCUGAACAAUACUAAUUCACAUUGAUCUGACUUCCGAAUGGGUUAUGAAUGAAAGGUAGCGAAAUCAUUGCGAGCUGUAGAUGUAAAGAAAUAUGAGCAAGUGUUAUAGUCAAUGCACGGAUUGCACUUUUCUCAGUAUGUGUAGAAUAUUUUUGGACGAAGAUCUUCGGUAAAAAUUAGAAUUAACAGAAUGUUAAUCUUGUUUUCAAAAACAUCCAAAUAUCAACAGAAUCACAUCAAAACAGAUCCAAAUAAGCAUGUCAAUUUCUGAGGUUCUGUGGCAGCAAUAUCUCGACUGCAGACCAGUAAACGUGUCCAGUUCUGUGGCAGUAAUAUCUCGACUGCAGACCAGUACACGUGACAAGUUCUGUGGCAGCAAUAUCUCGACUGCAGACCAAUACACGUGUCCAGUUUUGUGGCAGCAAUAUCUCGACUGCAGACCAGUACACGUGACAAGUUCUGUGGCAGCAAUAUCUCGACUGCAGACCAAUACACGUGUCCAGUUUUGUGGCAGCAAUAUCUCGACUGCAGACCAGUAAACGUGACCAGUUUUGUGGCAGCAAUAUCUUGACUGCAGACCAGUACACGUGACUAGUUCUGUGGCAGCAAUAUCUCGAGUGCAGACCAGUACACGUGUCCAGUCAACAAGUAUAAUGAGCAUGCGUCAGACAUUUGUCCUUGUGUUACACCAACACUUUGAUCACUGUUUAUUUAUACUAGAACUUUGCGUGAUUUCAUUUCACCGUGAAAUUGAAGCACCAAUGUAGGAGUUGUGAUUACAGAGGGAGUCAACAUACUACUUCCUUUUUCUCCCAUCUACAUUCCCACGUUUACACAAAUAAACUUAUUUAAAUUGCC